UUCUGCCAACUGGCCCGAGGACGUGGGCGAUUCGGUGCGAGGAGGAGGAGGCCGGAGGCAGGCAGCCGGGACUGCAGGCGCAGGCAGGAUGCUCCAGGUCCUGGUACUGAAGAUUGAAGAUCCAGGUUGCUUCUGGGUAAUCAUAAAAGGAUGUAAUCAUAUUUUAGAUCAAGAUAUCGACUAUCAGAAACUAAAUAAUGCCAUGAAUAACUUCUAUAACAGCAUGUGUCAAGACAUAGAAAUAAAACCAUUAAUGCUGGAAGAAGGGCAGGUGUGUGUGGUGUAUUGUCAGGAGCUAAAGUGCUGGUGCAGGGCUGUGAUUAAGUCAAUCGUCUCUUCUGCAGACCAUUACCUGGCAGAAUGUUUCCUUGUGGAUUUUGCCAAGUACAUUCCAGUAAAAUCUAAAAACAUCCGAGUUGCAGUUGAAUCUUUUAUGCAGCUUCCUUAUAGAGCAAAAAAAUUCAGACUUUAUUGCAUAAAACCUGUGACAUUGCAUAUUGACAUCUGUGAAGACAAUGCUGAAAUUGCGCCCACCACAAAAUGGGACAGUGCAGCUAUCCAGUACUUUCAGAACAUUAUAAGAGCAACUACCCAGGUGGAGGCGAAAUUAUGUGCUGUGGAAGAAGAUACUUUUGAGGUUUACCUUUAUGCAACAAUAAAAAAUGAAAAAGUUUGUGUUAAUGAUGAGCUGGUUGCAAAGAACUUUGCUUACUAUGUGUCACCCACGGAGAAUAAAAACCUCAAUAUUUUGGAGAAACCAAGUUUCGGUCUAAAGUCAGCACCCCUGUCCAGUAAACUCAACCCAUCGCUUACUCUGUGGCCAAUGCUUUUGCAAGGGAAAGAUUGUCACGGAAUGAAAAGCUCACAUGACUUAGAUUUUCUGGCACAGUCUAUCCGGCAUACAUGGUGCAAGGAUGUUGCCAGUGACAUAGGGCCACCUGCUGCAGUACUGGAUAAAGCUGUAAAAGGUAAUACAGAUUCAUUGACAGAUUCAUCUGGAAUUAUUUUUGAGAAGAAGCAGCAGUGCAUCUCUUUAAAACAUGAAAAUAAGUGUGUUGAAUCUUCAGUGUACUGGCCAACAAAAAGAGGCAUAACCAUAUAUGCUGAUCCAGAUAUUCCAGCAACAAGUGCUUUGAGGCAGAAGCCAAAUGAGAAGCCACUUCAGUCAACUGAGAAGAAAGAGUGUGAUGAGAAAAAUGGAUGUGUGAAGUUACUGCAGUUUUUAAAUCCUGAUCCUUUGAGAGCUGAUGGGAUCUCUGAUCUGCAGCAGUUGCAGAAGAUGAAGUCAGGCAUGCCACAAUCUGGAGUGGUAUUCUGGAACAGGAUCGAGCCCUGCCUGACUAUGGAUAAAUCACCGCUGUCAGAAGACCUGAAGAAGGCUCUUCAAAGAAAUAAGUUCCCAGGUCCCAGUCACACCGAGUCUUACUGUUGGCCUCCCAUUGCCCGUGGUUGUGAUGUGGUCGUUAUCUCUCACUGUGGAAAUGACCCUUUGUUGUACCUCCCGCCGCUGCUUACAAUUUUACAGAUGGGGGGUUGCUAUAAGUCAUUACCAAGUAGAAAUGGACCUCUUGCAGUCAUCGUGUGUCCUGGGUGGAAAAAGGCCCAGUUUAUUUUUGAGUUAUUGGAAGACUAUAGCAUGUCCUCCAGGCCUCUUCAUCCUGUGUUGUUAACAAUUGGACUUCAUAAAGAUGAAGCCAAAAAUAUGAAGCUUCCAAGGGGGUGUGAUGUGAUUGUCACAACCCCACACAGUCUUUUGAGACUUCUCACAUACCAAAGCUUGUUGUUUCUUAGACUCUGUCACCUGGUUCUGGAUGAAGUGCAAAUACUGUUUCAUGACGCUACUGAGCAAAUGCUUGCCAUAUUAGAUAACUUUAAAAAAAAUGUUCAAGUGGAGGAACGGGAGUCUGCACCACAUCAGAUUGUGGCAGUGGGUGUUCACUGGAACAGACACGUAGAACAUCUAGUCAGAGAAUUCAUGAAGGAUCCCCACAUUGUGAUCACCGCCCCGGAGGAGGCUGCCCUCUAUGGCAAUGUCCAGCAGAUAGUGCAUCUUUGCCUAGAGAGUGAAAAAACCUCUACCUUGCUGCAAGUUCUUGAUUUUGUUCCAAGUCAAGCCCAGAAGACUUUGAUCUUCACCUGCACAGUAGCUGAAACAGAAAUUGUGUAUAAGGUAGUAGAAAGCAAUUCAAUAUUUUGCUUGAAAAUGCAUAAAGAAAUAGAUUUUAAGUUAAAAAGUAUUUUAGAACAGUGGAAGAAGCAGCUAAGUUCUGGCUCUCACAUUGUUUUAGCCUUAACAGAUGACUGCAUACCCCUCCUGGCCAUCACUGAUGCCAACUGUGUAGUUCACUUCGGCUUCCCGUCCUCACCUAAAGUUUUUGGUGGACGCCUGUAUUGCAUGUCUGAUCACUUCCAGGGUUCUGCAGAGCAGGGAGAUAAAAAAACCAAAUCUGUCCUGCUGCUAACGGAGAGAAAUGCAAGCCAUGCUGUUGGUGUGGUGCGAUACUUGGAGCGAGCAGAUGCCAAAAUCCCAUCAGAGCUGUAUGAGUUUACUGCAGGGGUUCUGGAAGCCAAAGAGGAUAAGAAAGCCAGAAGACCGCUUUGUCCAUUUCUGAAGGCAUUUGGCUUUUGCAAAGACAAAAGAAUUUGCCCUGAUCGACACCAUAUGAACCCAGAAAUGGACAUGCCAAGAAAAUUAUCUAACAAAGCUCUGCCACUGUUUGGAAACAUUAGAAUAGUACCCUUUUACAUUUCAAAUGCAACAAAUUUCUUUGGGCGUAUAAUCGAUAAACAUGUGGAUCUUUAUGCAACUCUUAAUAUGGAAAUGAAUGAACAUUUUAAGGAUUCCAGUAAUAAAACAGCUUCUGAAAAAGUGGAAAAAUUUGGAUUGUAUGGAUUAGAAGAAAACACACUUUUCCACAGGGUUCAGGUGUUGGAGAUGAGCCAGAAGGAAGAUACCUGGGGCUUAGGGAGUGUUCUGGUAAAGUUCAUAGAUGAAGGCAGGACCAAACUCAUCACAAGAGACCAGCUACUACUGCUCCCAGAGAAGUUCUACACUCUCCCCCCUCAGGCUGUGGAGUUCAUUGUGUGUAGGGUGAAGCCUGCUGACAGUGAGAUUGAAUGGAACCCAAAGGUUACUAGAUAUAUUCAUCAUAAAAUCAUUGGGAAAAUGCAUGAGGCAAAAGUGGUGCUUGCUUUGGGAAAUACUAUUUGGGUUGAUCCAAUGGUGCACAUUACAAAACUUUCAAAUCUAAAAACGUCUGUCAUUGAAUAUAACGUUCGAACUGAAAUUCUGUCCAUGGGAAUGGGUAUUGAUAAUUCAGAGCAUGUAGAACAACUGAAAAAACUAUACGAAGAAGCUAAAAUGCCAACUUUUGAGGACCUUCUAAAUCAGACCUUGACACCUCUUUCAGCAGAAGAUGUCAUGUGUCUGCAAGACCCCCAACAGGAAGACAGACGUGCAGGAGGAGGGGCUAGUUCCAAGACAGAUUUAGACAACCAAAAACCUGAAACUUUAUCUGAAAACACUGGAGAUGUUUCCAUUAGCAAAAGUACACACCCACAUGUGAAGAGCUUUCACCCACAAGUAAAGUGGUUCCAAAAAGAUGAUGUUGUCAUCUUAGAAAUAAGAAUAAGGAAUUUCAAAGACUAUAAGUGUAAAUUCUUUACAGACAGAGUCAUUUUCAGUGCCUGGGUAGGAGACAAAUUUUACUUGGCUGAUAUGGAGCUGCAGGGCAACAUAAUAAAAGAUGACUGCAAGUGUGUCAUUAAAGGUGACGAGCCUCUAAUCACUCUUGUGAAAGAGAAAAGGACAUCUUGGUGUGGCUUACUCAAACAGAGGAAUCCUAAUGUGUCUUUUGACUUUGACCACUGGGAGGAUUGUGAAGAGGACAGCCCCUUCUCCAAGGUUGUACAGUCUAAAAGCCCAUCCUGCAAAGUGGCAGAGGUGACUGGGAACAGUAGCAGCUCUUCAGACACUUCUGACGGCAGUGAGAGUGAAUGAGAAUGUGAAUGAAAUCACAGGAGUGAGCAGAAGACUGACAGUGGACAGCCUCUGUGGCAGAAAGUUAAGAGAACAAGAGGUCAUCUAAAGCUUCAUCACCUGGGGAUGAACUAGUAUUGUCAUCUUGUGGCACUGGGUUGGAUAAUGACGAGAAUUGUUUGCUUGAGUUAAAAAUAGGUUAAUGGAGCUGGGCAUGGUGGUGCACACCUUGGGA